AUGUACUUUACGUACAAACCAAAAACCCCCAAAUGUUUACUGAUAACUGUCAAAUGACAAUCAUCCAGCUCGUUUUGUGAAAUUAUGUGAACAGUUUGCGGUUAUGUCAUGUUCAUGUAAUUGUCUUCUAAUAUUUGCAGAAAUUUAUUAAAUCAAGUUAGCAUUUGUGGAUGGCUUCUAAAAAUUUAAAAAAUAGUUACUUCUAAAAACGUUCGCAAAAAUGCCGAUUGUCAAAACAUCGGAAAGAAGUAAAAGUUGCUCCUCCUUUAGCGUGUUGGAUGCUCUAUUCGGUAAUCAGGAUGCAACAGAAGCUUCUCGUACAUCAUCUAAAACAAAUACGGAUCAGGAAACUCCAGAAAUCAGUAAACUCAAAGAAAGUUCACAAUCGGAUGAUGACAUCCGGGCAAGGCUUCGGCAAGUUUCAAGUGUACAGCGGGAAUCGCUGAUGGUAGAAAGUUUUCGCAAACUUAGUGUCAAACGAUUUGAAUCACAAACCAUUGAUUUAGAGUCAGAGCCACCGGAACUCGAGUACCGAGCUUCGGAAUACCAGUUGCUGGUGGAAACCAAACACGCCCAACAGCUGGAUACUUUCAACAAAGCCAUGGAACUCAGCUACCUCAAAUUGCAAAAGCUUGCUGCAAUGACGGUACGUAAGUCGGUUGACAGUAAAGUUAUGCCCUCAACGGAAUCCCUUCUGGAUCGGAUGAGUACCGCCCGAGCCGCUCUGUCGGGGCAACGCAGCAAGCUGAUUGCCGUUUAUCGGGAGCUGGAAUUUCUUAAUCGUCGAAACUCGCAGCUGGAUGGUCAAAUUAAGAACAUUCGACUGGAUGAACUUCACGACCUGCAGGCGGAAGUCAGCCGUACCGGCGAGAAGAUCGACGAAACUAGCAAAGAGAUGACCAAAGCACGGACCCAGUACGAAAGUGACAUUUUGAAGGCGGCACACGUCCGGGAAAAAUGGUUCACCUUUCAGAACAACAUUCUUGAUAAGCAGGAUGACUUAGCGGAAGUCCAGGGCAAUAUAGUGGAAAAUCGUAUUUAUCUGUGCGAUCUGCUGGAACGGAAACAGAAGUUACGUCGGGAAAAUUUUAAAUUAAAGAAGCGAUGUAGAAUUAUAGAAAACAAGCCGCUAUUGAGAAAGUUUGAUCGAAUGGUUUACGAGCUGCAAGUUAUUCAACAAUACACCGAAAAAUUCAGAAGCAUUUGAAAGAAACCCUACAGAUUUUUCCCGUUAUAGCGUUUCAGUUAUAAUACUCUUCGGCUGUAAUCAAAAAUCUUCCACAACUAUUGUUGUGGAAGAACCGAAAAAGCAAACAAAAUAGAGCAAAUCAAUCAAUCCUUGAAAACCCAUUGUCAGGAUUUCUAUCUUAAUUAGAGAAUCUUUAAGAUGGUUUCAUAUAAGUCAGACUCUCAUCCUGCCGGGAUCAUCCCCAUCAGGCGGUCUGGUCGGUCGCCCAUUGUCUACUCGGAAUCGCUUCGAAUUAGAUCACAAUUACGAGCGGCAGACUCAAUCGAGGGUGAAAAUUGUACUUUCAACGCAAGAAAUGAUGUGCGUCCGUUCCGUGCUCGGUCCGUGAAACUCGGUCCCCUUUGAGAACUAUUCUUCUCUCGAAAAAUCCAAAAAGAAAAACGUGCCUAGUCACUCUCGUCGCCGCCACGUAACGCCGUGGCCCGUAGCGAAAUGCGAAGUGCUUGGAACACUUGCUGCACUACGGAAGGGAUUUCCACCGAAACAAAAACA